AGUUUCAUGCAAAACCCUAACGAAUCCACAUGCUGAUUUCUCUGACUUUCGUCUUAUACUAUGUUUACGCUAUUAUUCCUUCAGUCGGAAGUCGAAUAUUCGAUUGUCCAUCAGGAUGGGAAACAUAUAUAAAUCAUUGUUAUAAAUAUGUUAGAUAUCCGAAAAAAAAUUUUCAUGAAGCGAGCUUGGCUUGUAAGCUUGAUGGAGCAGCUUUAGUUAAGGUUGAAGACUUUGCUGAAAAUGAAUUUAUAAAAAGCAAGAUAAAGCAAUAUUCUCGGAGUUUGCAGUGGUACACAGAUGCAACGGUCAACGAUAACGUAAGAAAUCUGUUUGUAUGGCGGAGUUCUGGUAAUCAAAUAAGGAAAAAUCUCUUUUGGAUCGAUGAGACAGAAAUGCAGCGAGAAGGUUCGAGUAUCAUCUAUUCACAAAAGGGUAACAUGGUCGGUUGGUCAAGGUCACCAGAUACGGCACAACUUUCUUAUAUCUGCGAAAUAUCCCGUGUGGAAGCAUUUCCGAUUCUUAAAAGAACCCGCGACUAUGGCUACGGCAAGCUGUUGCGAAACCGGAAUGAGAUCCGUAAAGGCCCUACCAUAACUAUCGAUGCAGCUGAUACGGUAAUCAUCGAAUCGUCGAAAUACAUAUUCCUUGAAUGUGUAGCCGAUGGUAACCCUAGGCCAGUAUAUAAAUGGCAUCGUUUCCAAGACAACACGACAGUGGAGGUGACUGCUUUGGAUUCUCAUUAUACACUCACCAAUGGAAGGCUGAUCAUUUCCAAUCCCAUCGACAAUCGUGAUGCUGGCUAUUAUCAGUGCAGUGCUGAAAACGAAUUUGGCAAAGUUAUGGGAAAUAUCGUUCUGCUAUCUUUUGCAUAUCUUGGUGAUUUCUCCAACGUCAUCCCGGAACCGGUUUAUGCUGAUGCUUACGAGUCAACCUCAAUUCAUUGCAGCCACAUUUCAUUUAAACCAGCAAUAACGUAUCAAUGGGUGAUAGGUGACAUGAAUUUCGUUCGAACUACAAAGCAAAAAUACAUGUUUAUAUCCAGGAACGGCCAACUGUAUUUCUCAGAAGUUUCCUCAGCAGACAUGGGAGAAUAUCGAUGCCUUGCUACCUUAUUUAUCAAACAUCAUAUAAACGAUGUUGAUCACAUUCCGUCACAACUUCCAAGUCGCAUAAGUAACGCCAUUCGACUAAUUGUUAGAAACAAAAUUUCCAAGGGAAAAUGGGGUCCUGUUAUUCACAAUGACUUCAUUGCUGCAUUCCCAACCCAACCUACGAUUGGUGACGAUGUCUAUCUGGAAUGUUUUGCUCAAGGAUCAUCGGAUGAUUCAAAUAAAAUGAUCUACAGUUGGAGCAAAGUUGACGGAAAAUUCUCUGAUAGAGUAAUUUUAAGUGAUCUCAACCGAGUAUUGCUCAUAAAAGAAGCUAGGUGGGAAGACGAAGGACAAUAUAAAUGUACUGUACAAAGCCAAAUAGCACAAGACGAGAGGGUAUAUUCGCUUCGUUUUCAAAAUAAACCAAUAAUGUCCAUGCCUCUAAAACCUCAGUUUGUUGAUAUCGAUUCCAAAGUAGUAUGGCACUGCGAAGCCUUCAGUAAGCCAAAUCCUUCUUAUACUUGGUACAAGAACGGAAUCCUUCUUCGUACUUCAGAAGAUGUAGUUAUAUCAGCCAAUAUACUAAUUAUUAAUGUUGCCAAGAAAGGACAUCACGAUGGAAUGUACCAGUGUGUUGCUAAAAAUAAAUAUGGCACAACAUACAGUUCGGCGCAACUGUCAGUACUAGCUUUCAAACCCAAUUUCCUCCGAAGUAAAGCGUUAACAAAUAUUAAAGGUGCCAUGGGCGGCAAUAUUACACUUCUGUGCGAGGCAGAAGGAGCUCCUCAGCCAAAUAUAACAUGGAAACAGAAAGGCAAAGAAAUAAUGAACGAUCUUACUGCUUCACGAAUACAGCAACUGCCAAAUGGUUAUUUGCGCAUCCAGAAACUUAAUGCAAACGACCAAGGAAUAUAUUCGUGCACGGCUAGUAACAAAUUCGGACAGGCAACUUUGACUUUUAACAUAGUCGUUACGGAGGCAUUAGUUAUAACUACAAAGCCGCAAAACACAGAGGUUAAUGUAAACGAAACGGCAACUCUGCGUUGUGAUGCGUCGUAUAAUCCCAGUAUGGAUACAGUACAUGAAUGGUUCUUCAAUGACAUCAAAAUAGACUUUGAGAAUAAUCAACAUUUCAGUUUGUCAGCAGAAGAUCCAGUAGGUGGCCUCGUAAUUCGAAAUGCGAGAAUUCAACAUUCAGGUUAUUACACCUGCAUUGUGAAAAGUACUAUUAACAAGAUUAAAGCUAGAGCAUUUCUUUCUGUCAAAGGUGCCCCAGGAGAAGUAAGCGGUUUAGCUGCUGAUGGUGAGAACAUCGGAAGAUCAUCGGUUCAUUUGAAAUGGGUUCCUCCACCAGAUAAUGGUUUUCCAAUUAGCAUUUAUACAGUAUACAGCCGUUCAAUUGACCAGCCUGAGUGGAAACUUCAAAGAUCAAAAAUCCUUAUGAGUAGCAUCCGGAUGGAUGAUACAGGGUUCCAUUCAGUCACCAUUUCUGGAUUGCAUUCGAACCAAGAUUAUCAAUUUUGUAUAAGUGCUGCCAAUAUCGAAGGUGUUGGAGACUUAAGCCGUCCAUCAAGUUAUAUCCGAACUUUGAGCUCACCUCCAUUAAUGCCUCCAAAAGCCGUAACAGGUGGAGGAGGAAAAGUAAAAACGCUUGUAAUUGAGUGGUCGCCUCUUGAAAUCUGGGAACAAGGUGGUCCAGGGAUCGGAUACAGUGUCUACUGGAGACUCAAAACAAAUAUAGGCGAAAAUUGGUCAAACGAAAGGAUUAGAGGGUCCCUAUCAUCCUUUGUAACUUACGUGGCAGACAAAUUUUACACGGAGUAUGAAGUAAAAAUCCAAGCAUUUAACGAUUUUGGCUUCGGACCGAAUUCAACCAUCCAUACGAUCUUUUCUGCUGAAGACAUGCCCCUGGGAGUCCCAGUGAACGUAUUCGCCGCAGAUUACAACGGAACGGCAAUGGAUGUUACCUGGGAUCCAGUAAGUGACACGCGGGAAGUGAUGCGGGGUCGUGUACAAGGUUAUCAGGUGAACUACUGGGAUCGAGACAAAGACGAACCUAUCAGGUAUUCUGUGCGUCAGUAUAACACUGAAGGAAAAACUGUGGUGAUCGGCCUUCUUCCAAAUGCUUAUUACUUGGUUACUGUACAAGUUUUUAAUACUGCUGGACUAGGACCUGUCAGUGAAACUUAUCUCGGUACCACUGGAAUGGAAGCUCCUGGGGCAUAUCCAACCGAAGUAAACGUCUAUUCACAUGGUCCUGAUAGUGUAUUAGUGACGUUUAGAGGUGUUACUGUGGAAUCAGUGGAUGCAGAUACAGUGUCUGGUUAUAAGCUGUGCUGUUGGAAGGUUCAGGAGAAAUAUGAUCUAGAAAAAUGUAUAGAAGUCGGUUUAGUAAGUCAGUAUGUUGUUACUGGUUUGGAAAAACAUUUCUUAUACAAUGUACGAGUGAUGGCGAGCAGUGCAGGCGGUGAUGGCAAACGAAGUGAGGCGACAUAUUUCACAUUAGGUGGACAGAUACCCUUUGAUCAAUCGCAAUUUGAUGUUCUCGCAACAGCGUCUAACUUAUCAGCAAUUAAAAUACUCAUUGUAGCAUCAAUAAUUAUCAAUUUUAUUUUACAGUUAUGAUCUCAAGCUUGGAGGAUUUCAAUUUAAUUUGAAGAUGAAGCUUAGAAAUAUAUAAACUCUUUGCGGCUUGCGUAACUUGUUAAGCUAAAGUCGACGUUUAAAGUACUAAAUACAGUGAAUAUAUUAAGCUAUAGACUUGAUCAUCUUUAUAUUAGAUGCAUAUUGGUACUAACUCUUGUACUGCAAACUGAUUCAAAUUUUCUGUCUGAAUAACUAUAAUUCACUUACAUGAAUCUAAAAUCAUAAAUAUCACAUUUUCUUAUUUUCGAACCACUGAAAUUCUCAUAUGAAGCAACUAUUUUAUAUAUCAUAAAGUGCUGUAUUAAAUGGAAGACUAAACUGAAAUAUUCCCUUUCCAAUUAUUUCGACUUUUAUCACUCAGGGUCAAAUUUUAGGAUAGCAACUCUCAAGAUGCGUAAUUAACUGGUCAGCAUAACCCGUAUAAACCUUGGUCAACAUCUACAUUCUAAUAAUUGCAAAUGUUAUUACAAUAAACGCAGAAUCAAUUCCUAUUCAAUAGUCAGAUUACAUCAAGCUUUGCCCCCCCCCUCUCUCUCUCUCUCUCUCUAUCUAUCUAUCUAUCUAUCUCUAUCUCUAUCUCUCUAGAAAGUCUGCCGAAAUAUGAUACUAGUUAUAUGCCUGUUAUUCUGUAAUAAAAUACAGUUGACAA